AUGGGGCCUAGUCGAGUAGUCAAGCCACAGAGGAAUAUUGUAGAGGCUAGACAUCAGAAGAAGCCUUACAACCGACCACAGACCUUGUCACAAGGGUUAAAGUGUUUCCAAUGUGGGGGAGAACAUUUGAAGAGAGGCUGCCCCAGACUUACUAGAAAUGUAGGGGCUAGUGUCGGCGACCGAAAAUGCUUUGUAUGUGAUCAAAUCGGCCAUUUUGCUGAUAAGUGUCCCAAUAAGAAGACAGUUGCAAAGCCACGACCACAGUUGCCUUCAAUAGAAAGGCCUAGAGUUGCAGGAAGGGUAUUCGCCCUAACCAGUACAAAGGCAAAUCGAUUAGGUAACCUUAUACAAGAUAUAUGUGUAAUGUUGGGUCAGAAUGUGUGGGUGCUUUUUGAUUCGGGAGCCUCGCACUCUUUUAUUUCUAAUGCUUGUGUGGGGAGGUUAAGAUUGGAGGUUUGUAAUUUGGGGUGCGAGCUAGUAGUCUCGACACUAGCGUUUGGGAAAGUUACAACCAAUUCUAGUUGUCAUGGAUGCUCGAUCAAAGUGGCGGGUCGUAGGUUCAAGGUGAACCUCAUCUGCUUGUCGUUGGAGGGUUUGGAUAUGAUAUUGGGGAUGGACUAG